AUGCCACCUGGUAACCAACAGGAGGCGCACUAUGUCACACAAAAGCUGUCUCGAUUAAUUCAAAAACCGCUUCGAUUCAUUCCACUCAACGAUAGUCCCUUACAAGACAAUUCGUCAGACUGUGGGGUUUUUGUCUGUCUCAACAUGAGACAUCUGCUUCUAAAAAGACUGUUGAUGGUCCGUACCGAUUCAAAAGUCAGUAUGAGUUUGGGUGGCAGCAUGGUCGAUGCCAGUGCUGGGAGAAAAGAGAUGUUGAGAAUCAUCGAUGAUUUCAGACGUGAAGGCGAAAGAAGAAGAUCGCAAAGCCAUUCACCGCACCCAGGCCGAAAAUCCAAAAGUCCACCCAGAAUCGAUUCACCCCGAGCGAAAGAAAUCUAA